AUGAGACGAAACCGUUCCUUCCAGGGUUCGACGGUAGUGCUGGUGCUGUGGGUCGUUGUGGCCUGCAGCGAACUGAUGCUGCACCCGGCACGGGCCGAUGCACCGAAAAAACGAUGUCUCACCAAACCAACCGUCUCGAAGAAAGUGGACAUGGUCAUCCACCAGUGCCAGGAGGAGAUCAAAUCAAACCUGAUCGAGGAUGCGCUCAAGAUUUUCACUGCCGAGCACGGACAGUGGCACGAUCGCCGGAAGCGAGAUGCGGAUGAGGGAACAGUGGACUUUUCCCACCCAACAAUUGUUUCCCACGAGGACAAAUGGAUUGCGGGCUGUUUGAUGCAGUGUGUGUACAAGAAAAACAAUGCGAUCGAUAAAAACGGUUGGCCCACCCUGGACGGAUUGGUCAGCCUGUACACGGAUGGCGUGAAUGAGCAUGGUUACUUUAUGGCCACACUACGGGGCGUUGAUCGAUGUCUCAAGGGUACGUCGAAGAAGUAUCAGAUCAAACGAAACGAUGCAGCUGAGAAUUUCGAACAGUGUGAGGUCGCGUUCGAUGUGUUUGAUUGCAUUUCGGACAUGAUUACGGACUAUUGCAGCGGCCAGACGGAGAAUGAUCAUUAA